CUUCUGCUUCUGGUUGAAAAUUGGAAUUAUUUUACUCAUCUGUUACACAGCUGUGUGGAAUUUUUGGAGGAAACACUGAGUCUUUUUGAAGCAGCUUCUAUGGCGCAUGAGGAAGUGAACACUGACAGGAGACAAAGAGGACCUCACAGAGCAUCGCAACAAGGAAGGAAGCAAGAUUGGAGAUGAUCAUGAUGGCAGAAGCAGGAGCUGAACACCCUUCAGUGUCACUCCACAGCCUCCCAUGUGAAUCACACUGUUUUGGGGACACAGUGACCUCUUACUCUGAGGACUCAGCAGCAGUCAUGGAUAUGUGUGUAAAAAGCGAGCCUGAAGAUGAGCACAUUUCCCACCCUGAAUAUUGUACUGAGCUUCAGGGCUUCAGUUCUAAAGAGAUGGGCUCAGGGCUGCAUCUAGACACUGACCACAUUAAAACGGAAAUUGUCAUGGUCAAAAUUAAAGAGGACAGUGCUGAUGAACAGCUGUGCAGCACCACUGAGGGGUUCUGCCCUCCCUCACAAGAGUUAAACGUGUCUACUUGUCUUUUACCCAAACAAUAUAAAUCAGAGACAGGUGAAGUGAAGAUAGAGCAGCAUUCUCAGUUCCAUGAACCUUCUUGUACAGAAAAGAAAAUGAAUGUAGGUGCACAAUGUGGCUUAAAGGAGGAGUGCACAAAUAUACAGGUGAAUGAAUUAAGUACUUUUCCUUCUCUAUUAGAGACAGGUGAAGUUAAGGUAGAGCAUCAUUCUCAGUUAGAAGACUCAUCCAGUACAAAGACAGCAGUUGGUCAUGCUGUAGAUAACCUUCUACAUAAGAAUUUUAUGAAGCUGGAGAAAAGUUUAGUUUUUGCAGGAAAUCAAAAACCAUUUAAAUGUAGAGACUGUGGAAAAAGUGUUUCCCAAGCAGGUUCCUUAAAACAGCACAUGUGUGUUCAUUCUCGUGAGAAACCAUAUAAAUGUAGUAUGUGUGAGAAAAGUUUUUCUUAUGGAGGUCACUUAAAAGUCCACAAAUGUGUUCAUUUUGUUGAAAAACCAUUUAAAUGCUGUGACUGUGGAAAGAGUUUUUCCCAAGGAGGUCACUUGAAAGAACACCAGCGUGUUCAUUCUGGUGAGAAACCCUAUAAAUGUUCUGAAUGUGGGAAAAGUUUUUCUAGAGCAGGAACCUUAAAAGAGCACCUGCGUAUCCAUUCUGGUGAGAAACCGUAUAAAUGCAUCGAAUGUGGAAAAAGUUUUUCCCAAAGAGGUCACUUAAAAGAACACCAGAUUAUUCAUUCUCGUGAGAAGUCAUGUAGUGAUUGUGGAAGAAGUUUUACCAAAGAAGACCAGUUAAAGCGACACCAGGUAAUUCAUUCUGGUGAAAAACCAUACAAAUGUAGUGACUGCGGAAAAAGUUUUUCUUAUGGUAAUGCCUUUAAGGUCCACUUGCGUGUUCAUUCUGGAGAGAAACCAUAUAAAUGCAGUGAAUGCGGAAAAAGUUUUUCUUACGGAAAUGCCUAUAAACUCCACCUGCGUGUUCAUUCUGGAGAGAAACCAUAUAAAUGUAGCGAAUGUGGAAAAUGUUUUUCUCGUGGAGGUACCUUAAAACACCACCAGCGUGUUCAUUCUGGUGAGAAACCAUUUAAAUGUUGUGAAUGUGGAAAAAGUUUUUCCCAAGGGGUUCACUUAAAACAGCACCAGCUCGUUCAUUCUGGUGAGAAACCGUAUAUAUGUAGUCAGUGUGGAAAGAGUUUUUCCCAGGCAGGUUAUUUAAAACUCCACCAGCGAGGUCACUCUGGUGAGAAACCAUAUAAAUGCAGUGAAUGUGGAAAAAGUUUUUCUCUUCCUAGUGUCUUAAAACAGCACCAGCUUAUUCAUUCUGGGGAGAAACCAUAUAAAUGUAGUCAGUGUGGAAAAAGUUUUUCUUAUGGAGGUCACUUAAAGCAGCACCAGCUUGUUCAUUCUGGUGAAAAACCAUAUAAAUGCAGUGAAUGUGGAAAAAGUUUCUCUCAGGGAGGUCACUUAAAAAAACACCAGCGUGUUCAUUCUGGUGAAAAACCAUAUAAGUGCAGUGAAUGUGGAAAAAGUUUCUCUCAGGGAGGUCACUUAAAGAAGCACCAGCUUGUUCAUUCUCGUGAGAAACCAUACAAAUGUAGUCAGUGCGGAAAGACUUUUGCUUUGAGAAAGUAUCUAGAAAGCCAUGAGAGAAUUCAUUCUGGUGAGAAACCGCAUAAAUGUAGUGAAUGUGGAAAAUGUUUUUCUCAAGCUGGUCACUUGAAAGAGCACCUGCUGAUUCAUUCAGGUGAGAAACCAUAUAAUUGUAGUGAAUGUGGAAAAAGUUUUUCUCACGGAAGUACCUUAAAACUCCACAAGCUUGUUCAUUCUGGUGAAAAACCGUAUAAAUGUCAGUGUGGCAAGAUGUUUUCCAGAGCAGAUCACUUAAAACAGCACCAGCGUAUUCAUUCUGGUGAGAAACCAUACAAAUGUGAUCAGUGUGGAAAGAGUUUUUCCCACAGAAGUACCUACAACCAUCAUCAGGUUGUUCAUUCUGGAGAGAAACCAUACAGAUGCAGUCAGUGUGGAAAAAGCUUUUCUAGAGGAAGUCACCUAAAAGAGCACCAGUUUGUCCAUUCUGGCGAGAAGCCGUAUAAAUGUGGUGAAUGUGGACAAAGUUUCUCUCAUUCGAGUGUUUUGAAACUGCACCGACGUGUCCAUUCCGUUGAAAGACCGUACACGUGCAUUGAAUGCGGAAAAUGUUUUUCCAGAGGCGAUUACUUAAAACUCCACCAGCGUGUUCAUUCUCACGAGAAACCAUAUAAAUGUGAUGAAUGUGGAAAAAGUUUUUCCCGCGGAAGCACCUUGAAGCAGCACCGGCUUGUCCAUUCUGGUGAGAAACCGUACGAAUGUGCUGAAUGCGGGAAGAGUUUUUCCAGAGGAGGGCACUUAAAACUCCACAAACGUGUCCAUUCUGGUGAGAAACCCUACGAUUGCAGCGAAUGUGGGAAGAGUUUUUCACACAGAAGUUCCUUAAAACAACACCAGUUUGUUCACUCUGGCGAGAAACCCUUCACAUGCACUCAGUGUGGCAAGAGUUUUGCUCUGAGGAAAUGUUUAAAAAGCCACGAGAGGAAACACUGAAGGAUUUGAUGUAAAUUUCUACUGUGUACAUACUGACCAGUGAACCCCCUGCCCUCCAAGCUGAUGAGAUGCAGCUGGAGCAGAGUGAAAUUAAACUGUUAAAUAUAUGCUACGUAAUGAAAUCAGUUUUUACGAAGGAAAUAAACUGAUGCUUAUUUGAAUUGAAAUGAAUUUGUGUGGGCCGUCAGAAAGUCUGUACUUACACUCCGUUCUCCUAGAUAACCUCUGGAACCCUGACCUGAGGCUUGGUCCUCUGUCCAAUCUGACCCAGUGUUCUUCUUCUGAACCUUGAACUCCCUCCUUCACAUAACCAUCCCAAAAAGACUUGCUUGUUUUUCCUGCAUAUGUCAUGUCUGUACUAAUAUGUGUAGAGUACUUUCCAGCAGUUUUAUUCAAUCACCUUUUAUUUGAGGUUUUUUUAACAGACUGACAGAACCACAGAUGUUCGGCAUCUUAUGAGGUGGUUCCCACAGGAAUGGCUAUGUUUUGAGAUUAUUUCCACACCUUGGACACAAAAUGUUUUUCCAUGUCUGAUGUUUCAAACUUUCAUCCAGGAGAGCAGCAGCAGAUCUCGGCCAUGUGUAGGAAGUUCACUUUUUACCCAAAUCCUGUUAUACUGGGUGACAAAAUGUACAAAAACAAGUAUAAUUAGCUAUUUUGUGUUGAUGCUUUGUUGUAACGUAUUGAAUCUUGAGUUAAAUACCAUUAGAGGCGGAAGUCACUGAUGUGUCACGGCUUCUGGUCUGUGUGUUUGGAUGUGUGGUGGAAUCUGUGUGUAUGGCAUUUGCAUGUUCUCCCCAUGUUCAUGUGGGUUUCUUCCCACAGUCAAAAGUUUUGUUUAUGUGCGUGAGAGUGUUUGACCGUUGUCCCACCCAGAGUGUAUCUUCUCUUGCCUCCAGGAUAGGCUUUGAACCAUCGCGAUCCUGGAAAGGACAAGCGAUUACUGCUAGUGACUGGAUGAAUGAGGUAUUAGAUGUUUUCCUGUGCAGUGUAGUCUAAGUAGUCGCUAAUUCUUUACUCAUUUCACCUGAACAUAGACA